UCCGUCCCGUGCACAGCUCCGCGGCUCCGCAGCUCCCGCCGGCUGCCGACGCACGCCAGACGCGCUCCAGACGAGACACAGCGGGUCCGAGACAGCCGAGACGGUCCGUGUCCAACAUGAGGUAUCAGGGGCUGGUGCUUGCGCUGCUGGUGGUCGCCGGCGUCGCCCAAGAUGAGGGGAGGCAGCUGAACCUGGACCCGCUCGGGCUGGGAGAUUCUCUGAAGGAGGGACUGGGACACAUCCACAAGACCAUGUCCGCCGGGAUGGAGCAGCUGCGCUCCGGGCUGAGCGAGGCCUCACGAGUGGCCUCGAUCGUCGGCGAGGACAUGAGCGAGAGCUUCAGCCAGGCGGAGGGCGAGCGCGCGGGCGCCGGCGGUCAGCUGCGCCAGCGGGAGAGCCUGCUGGACGGCGUCAUGCGCAUGCUCGGCGUCGACUCCGACAAGCUGGGCGUCAUGGCCCUCAACGCGCUCAUCUACCUGGCCGAGUGGAUCACCGGCUCACUGCUCGGGGAGAAGAACUCCGUGGACAGCCGGUCGGGCGCGGCCGUGCUGGACUGGCUGAUGGACGACAACGUCGCCCAGUUCUCCGAGAUCGUGCAGCGCGCGCAGCAGCCCUCGCUGCCGAAGAGCAUGAUCGAGAGCCUGAUUGACCGCACUGGCAACGACACGGCCUGCGUCCAGCUGCUCAUCUGCAAGAUGUCGCCGGUGGUGUGGGGCGCGCAGAACGCCGUCAAGCAGAGCUUCACCUCGCGCUCGCUAGAUGGCUCCAUGUUCGACUCGUUCUACGAAUUUCUGCCGUCAAUGAACGACUUCGUCCGCUUUAGCGAGAGCUGUGAGAGUCAGUUCCCGGCGUGUCCGCUGAUCGACGUACUCGAGGAGGGCCAGCAGUAGCCAGACGCUAGCGGACGGGCCGGUGUCGCGGGUCACGAGCCCGGGGACUCCCCAAACUGGACACCGUAUCAAGGAGGCUGCGCGGCAAACUCAGCCGUCCCGCCAGCUGAGCGUCCUGCAGCCGUUGUCCGCAGUCCGGGACUCAUCACUUCGUACAACGUAUGAACGGCGACUUUGUAUUACUUCCAGGCAUUACCGCAGUCGCGACCCCAAGCAUGUCUCCGUUGAUGUCCCCGUGCACUUCCUGGCAGUUCAGGACAUGAAGUUCACCAAUUAGCAGAGCCGCACGCUGUCGGCGUGCACUUGUGCACUGCAUGGCGAGAGACGGGGUUACCGUGUGUGUGCACGUGGUUACACUGAGCACGCGUCCCGACGGCGCGGCAGUGAAAUACAGGCAUUCGCUGCACGUCACUACGGUGAGAAGGUCGGUGGUGCAAUAGGCUCCGGUUAUUGUGUAAUAAAAUUGUUGUUAUAUAG